AGACAAGUCGUGGUUUGUUUUGAGCGGAGCCUUCCACAGUAGCCGGAGAGUGAGGGAGACGUUGUUGGCCUGGAUUCGGAAGAUCCGGUGCUGGAGAAAGCAGUAUGUACCAGUAUACUCCACCUUCUACCCCUAUCUCCAGAAAGUUACCAACCUCCCAGAGCCCUUCUAAACACUGUGGUGCUUCUGGGACAAGAUCUAGAAAUUCAGAGGAGUCAACUCCACUGCCCUCCAUUACUGAGUGCCUAAACUUCGUCUGCCCAACCAAAGAACUGUUGGAAUAUUACCAAAAAAAGAUACUUGAGUUUGAUGAACAAAAUGAAGAACUAUUGAGAAAACUGGAAAAAUAUGCCCACCUAUGCAAGGACUGGCACAAACUGGAGUUGGAAAUCCAGCAGAGGGAGAAAGAGAUUGCUGAGUUACAGAAAGCCCUAAGUGACAUGCAGAUCUACCUCUUCCAGGAGCGCGAGCAUGUGUUACGCCUCUACUCAGAAAAUGACCGAUUAAAAAUCAAGGAGCUAGAAGACAGAAAAAAAAUUCAACAUCUCUUGACCUUAGUGGGAACUUCUAGUGAAGUAACUUAUUUUCACAAGGAGCCUCUACACAAAGUCACUGUUCCCCAAAAGACUGUUCAUUUCAAGCAGCCAUAUGAACAGGAGUUCGUUUCCAGAGCAGGUACUAAAAGAAACUUAGGAAGAGCAAUAAAAGAGACACAAGAAAGUCCUGAGAAAUGCCCAAGGGACAACCAGACACUUAUGCUGCAGGUGGAAGCCCUGCAAGCUCAGCUCGAAGAGCAGACCAGGCUUGCCAGAGACCAGGUUGAAGGGCUUUUAGAAGACCGACGCAUCUAUAUGGAAGAAGCGCAGGUUCAGCAUGAGAGAAACCAGGAGAGGAUCAAAGUGCUGGCAAAUAAUCUUCAACAAACUCAGGAGUUUCUCUAUGAGAGCGCCAAGGACUUCCUGAAUCUCAAAUUUGAAAAUCAAGACAAAGAGAAGGAAUGGGUGACUGAAAAGGACCGUUUGCUUUGGAAAUUGAGCCAAUACCAAAAGCAGCUGGAGCAAGCACUGCAGUAUAAUGAGCAACGGGUAGUUGGCAGUCUCCUACCAGCUACACAAGAGCAAGAUAAAUAUAUUCAGUCCCUAAAAGAGGACUUGCUUCAAGAACAAAAAUUGUCGUGCAUGUACCAAGAACAAUGUAUUGCUCUAGAGGAGGAACUGGCCCGAAUUCGAGAAGAAGAUGAUAUGAGGCGAAGGAUCUUCAAGGAACGUUCUAGCAAGAUGGGGAAGCGUUUGCAAGAGAUGAUGCAUCGAUAUGACACCUUGCAGAAUCGUCGCCGGCUAGAAGUGGAAGGUUUUCAGAGAGACAUCAAAACCCUGCGUGAGAAAUUGAGAGAAGUCGAGCAAAUGCUUUAUAAGGCAUCACUCAGUAUUCGGCCCGACCAAGAUCUUGCCAUUCUUAAUGAGGUUCGUAAGAGCAACAAACGGAGUGUUAAGAUCCAGGGACAACUGAAGGACCUCAAGGCCAAACUGUAUAGUUUAGAGAAGGAACUUAGGGUAUGUUAACAUCUGUUUAUAGAUAGGGGCUCAAGGCUGGCAAAGGACUGUCCUAAAAUCUGAGAACAAGGUUAUCAGCUACCAAAGAAAGGGUUUCGACAGAAACAACCUGCUAGGUCAUUGGUGGAAGCUCCUUUUCCCGCUCCGUGAAGGAUCAAAGAUCCCACUGCAAAGGCUGGUCGUAAAUUGAUGGACCUGCUGAGCUAUACAGGUGUUCUCUUUGCAUGCAUCACCUUUUCCUAAGUCAGUCUGAAACCUGGAAAAGUGGCCUGAAGUUUUCCCGUGUUGUUUUCACAAUUCAUAUUGAGAGCUUUGGGAUAAAAGGGCUUAGGGAGUUAAGUGCCAACAUGGCUGAGUGAUUAUGGAAGAAACUUGGCCUUUCCCGAGGAGUUGGGUACAUCUACUAAGGUCGUAUCUUCACCGGUUGGGAGAAGAGGCAGCAGCAAAUCCCAAGGAUUCAAAGAUGGGUAGUUAGUUGCUGUUCAUCUUUGUCUUGUCAUUGCUAUUGGGAAAAAGAUCUCAGACUUUCACUGUCCUUUUGUAAUGCUCAUUCUUGUGACAUGUCAACAGAGGGCAUUAUAAUUUAGAGUCCUCAGGCAAAUUUCAGAAGGGGCUUUGUAGUGAUCUUUUUUUUUUUUUUUUUUUUUUUUACAAGAGUAUAUGCUGCACUAUUUCAUUAUGCUAUUAGGUCUCAUCCUACCAAUCAUGUUACCCUGAUUUGUAUAUUUAAAGUUAGAAUUUUUAAAAAUUAAAAAUAAAAUUUAAGUAUUGUGA